AUGAGCUCUACUUCAAAAAAAGACUUUGACUGCAAGGAUGUUGAGCUACCAUUAAGAGAUAUACUUACAAAAAAAGAGGUCGAUGAAAUUAUUAAAUCGCCACCCAAAUAUCAAAUAUAUCUCUUGUUUUGGACAUUGCGAAACCAAUCGCCUGAGGUGGUGGAAAAGUUCGUUGAGAAUGACAUAAAUAAAGCCGACUAUGGCUUUCUUAUAUCAGCCAUUAAGGACGAAUCUCGCAAUCCAAGUGCGAGCACUGAGAAUUACAUCAGCGAGCGCGAUCGUCUCUAUAACGAUAAUCAAAAGUUUUCCAAAUAUAAUGUGCCACGAAUUGAGCCAUACUUGGAGUUACAGAAGGCAUUGCUGGACCUGAGGCCAUCACGUAACGUGGCUGUUCAAGGAGUCCUUGGUUCUGGGAAGCGGUGGCUAGUCCUCGACGUUUGCUCCUCUUACGAGGUGCAGCGGAAAAUGGACUUUCGCAUAUUUUGGUUAAAUGUUCGUGACUGCCGUUACCCCGAGAAUCGUUUGGAAAUGCUUCAAUCAUUUCUUCAUCAAAUUGCGCCUAACCUGCGCAUUAAUUGUGAUCAAAGCGUUGCUGUACACAUCGAGCGAGUGAAAGCCGAGCUCCGACAUAUACUGAAAGAUAAGCCAUUCAAGAAUUGUCUGCUUGUGCUGCUCAAUGUUCCCAAUAAGGAAACGUGGAAGGCUUUUAAUUUAGGCUGCAAAAUCCUGGUGACGACGCGACACAAAAGUGUUGUCGACUAUCUAUCGCCCGUGACCACCACUCACAUCAGUCUGGAAGAUGCACUUACGCCCUUCGAGACAGAAUCACUGUUUGGAAAAUAUCUGCCUUUGGUGUCUCAAGAAGCACUGAGGGAUCUAAGGAACGCGCCAAAGACAAAUCCACUAAAACUUAGCGUCAUCGCAAGGAACAUACGCGAUGGCAUGUGUACCUUAGACAAUUGGAAAAACAUAAUUACCUCCGAAUUGGCGACCAUCAUCGAGAACUCUCUUAACGAGCUAAAAGCGUCCGACAAGGAGCGGUUUGAAAGUCUUUUUAUCUUUCCCAAAUCUGCUCACAUACCAAUCAAACUUUUAGGUCUGAUUUGGUCGGUUCUUGAUCCAAUGACGGUUGUGAAUGACUUUUACAAAUGUUGGUCGUUGGUCGAAAAACAUUCAGAUCAGACAAUAACGUUGUCGAGCAUCUAUUCAGAGUUCAGCUCACCCAUUCUGAACGCAGAUGCACUUAACAAAAAGAUUGUCGAUUUUUAUGAUAUACCAGGAUUGAUUGAACAAUGCAACGAUACGACUCUACCAAAUUUAGACUGUUAUUUUUAUAGCCAUAUCGGACACCAUUUAAGCAAAGUUAGCAAUAAAAUCGAACGAGUCAAACUAUUUCGCAUGAUCUUUCUGGAUUUUCGAUUUCUGGAGCAAAAGAUUCGAAACGAUAGAACACCGUGGAAUGCUCGCGGCUCCAUUUUACAUACACUAAACACCCUUAAAUGUUUCAGGGAUGAAAUUGUUGAUAAUGAUAGUCACUAUAGAGAUCUAUUGAAUGCUGUGUUAGUCUUCCUAACAAAGGCGGAAGAAAAGCUGAUAAGUUCCCCAUUUACAAGUCUAUUGCGAAUUGCCUUGAUGUCGGAGGAAGGUGCAGUGCAUGACGAGGCGUUGCGGCAGGUUCGACGAUUUCCUGAUUUUGUGUGGUUUACCGAACAUGGCCGCUUUCAUCAACAUCGGGAAAUCAUCAAUUUGGGGCAGCAUGAGAUUCGUCAUGCCGUUUAUCUGGAUGACGACUAUUGCUUGAUGGCCCUUAGCUCGCAACAACUGCUGCUAACGGAUGUAUCGCUGGCUGGCGAUACAACCCGUUUGCUGAGUGAUGAGAAUGAUCCCAGUGACAUCAUCGAGAUGCGAGUGUUUAACAAGCAAUUACAUUUGCUGACUUUACAUAAAAAUGGUAGUUUGAAGCUUUGGUCUCUGAAGGAAUUGCUGCCACCACGACCGGAAUGCGGCAGUUGUCUAGCGGUCCGACCACCCAGACUAGCUGAGGUGCCUAAACAUUCGAAACCGCAUUGCUACGAGCAAUUGGUUAACACCGCUAUCAAGCGUUUCACUGGCAGCAAAUCCAUAUCAGCUUUCUAUUUGGACGAAAAUGUGCGUGCUGGUAAUUACUCAAUUCAACUCCAUGUGGCUUUUGACGACGGAGACUUUUGUAUAUUGAACUGGGCAGAUAGGGAUAAGAAAUUCGUGAAAUCGCAAACACCAAUACUGCCUACAAAACAGAAGGAUGUGCGAUAUUUUUCGAAAAUAUUGAAUCGCUUCUACGUUGUGUGGUCAGAUAAAUGCAAUUUAACUUUUUGGAAUCUGCAAAAUGCAUCAAAUGCAACGGAACAAGAAUACGCGCCACCAAAGCAAAAGGCCCUCGCCAUGGAAACGUACAUGGAGCGAUUGGAUGAUGGCACCCAAUACACUAUUCUAAUGAUAAUUUAUCAGUCUAGUGUAUGGCGAUUCAAAUUCAAGCACGCCGAUUAUAUGGAAAAUUUGAAUACACUGGAGGUGGAAGCAUUGCCAUUUUCAGAAACGAUACCGGCAACUAUAACCUGUGGCAAGUUAUCAACGGAUGGUCGCUAUCUCAUCCUGGGCACUGAGGAGGGUCUAGCGGUCUAUGAUCUGAAAUAUCCAUAUUCAUUGUUGCGCAGCAAUGUCAGUGAACGAAUAGUUUGUGUGGAUGUGUACGAUCUGAACGAAUCCAUCCUCAAGUACAUUGUACUUUGUGGGGCUAAGGGAAAGCAUUUUGUGCAUGUGCAUACCCUGCGAAGCACAAAAACCGAUACCAUCACCUGGAUGCAUCAUGUGGAUGAGAGUGAUGACCAGUUGAAAGACCGCAAUACGAUGGGACGCGCACAUCUUGAGCCCAAUGUUUACCUGCACCCGCUUAUGGAAAGGUCUGAUGAUGGUACAUUGUAUAUUGUUGAUUCGAGGAUGCGAAUUCACCAAAUUCAACCGUUAGAAAGACGCUCCACGCGUCGGAGCAGUGUUGCUAAUUGGUCAACUAUCGUAGCACCCCGCAUGGAAUGUGGAAAGUACAUCACAGCAUUAUCUGUGAGCAAAGAUGGGGAGAUUUAUGGCGGUUACAAUAAUGGUGAUAUCAUCAAUAUUACCAAAAAUGAAACCCUAUUGAGGGAGGAACUCAAGGGUUCAGUUGACUACCUCAAAGAAAUUGAAUCACUAAAACUGAUUGCCUCCUGCCGCGGUAGCUGCCAAACUGUAAUUUUUUCGCUCUCUAUUCCCGAUAAAAGAAUUAAUAUUGACUUCUACACUAUGUACGCUCGACUCUUCCAUGAUGACUUUUUGCUUUUAUUUACGGAUUGUUUUGUGCUUUAUAUGGAUAAAUCAGAUUCAAUUAAUGUAUGUUUUGAAGAAACGUAUGAAGCAUUUUAUCUGAAGGAUGAUAUUCUUUAUUUGGCUUUUGGAGAUGGAACAUUUCAGAUUUACAAACUGUAUAUUGACAAGAAUAGGCUCUGUAAAAAAUGGAUGUGCAAGGAGAAUUUAAACAAUCCCAGCCAAAUUCGACAAUUAACAGCAUCAGAUGACGGUGAAUUGAUUGCCCUUGGCUUGGAGAAUGCUGCAGUUGAAAAAAAAACCUCAGUUGAGCUUUAUAGUUACGACAAACAUCGCUUGCAACUGGUUUACUCCAUAACGCAGGGCUGCGAUACCCAAUGCAAUAUUAGACAAUUGCGUUUCUCUCCUUGCAAACAGGUCCUUAUAAGCUGUGCGAAAGAAUUGUGCUUUUGGAGCGUGAAAUAUAUGCGAAAUAAUCAGGCGAUUCCAGAAGUUCGCAGCAUGCGCCAUAGUCAAUAUAAUCUACCCAAAGUUCAGUGCAAAGGGCGUGAAGAGGUAGAUGCGGCACGCUUCACGGAUGAGCAAAUAGUUAUGGAUCAACUGACUCCACAAUACGAGCUUGAAGAGGACAGAUUCAGUGUUUGGUCGCACAAAAGGGGCAGCGAUAAACUGCCAGAACUUUUGGCGUGCAUUAAAUUUGUGGGCAACGAAGCUAGGCGUUUCUAUACAAGCCCCGAUUUCACCCAAUUUUAUGUGAUAGACAACGAGAGUGUAUUCUAUCAUCUAAAAGUAUUGGAGUUUCAUGGAGAGCUGAAAUCACCCACACAGUCUUUACGCGUUCUUAACGAUGUUGUGAGUGCCCGUCAAACUGAGCAAAAGGAACCGCUUGAUUUUAUCGAACAAAAUAAUGAAGAGGAUGAUGGUGUCGAUGUUGUCGGCAGUGGCCAUACCCUGCCCCCUAUUCAUUCGGAUCCGAUUUGACGCCAAGAGUGCGCCAAUAGUCGUUGGCGUACAGAGCAUGACAAGGCAUUUUCCGACUUUCCGUGUUUAGGAUUAUUGUUAUAUUACUUAGUGAUAUUAGUUCUGCAUUGUAUUAACUCAAAUACAUAAAUAUCCAUUUAAUUUUUUCUGUGCAAUAGAAUGUAAGUUAUUAAAGUGCGGAUUAUAAUCUAUUUUUAUAGCUAGAACCCAUGUAACCUAAUAAUAUUACGAUUUGUUUUAUACGUUUUUACUAAAUAAGAAAUAUACAGAUUUUA